AUGAGCUACACUUUAUCGCCGGGUGCCAUCCCCGAUGUCGAGCCUCAAAUCGAGCCCACUGAUGAGGAAUGGCGCCAGAACCUCAGUGUCCGCAUGGUUUGCCCUGACUGCAAGGAAGACCCGCCCAAUCUUGUCGAAGACCCCCAAGCAGCAGAUGUCAUCUGCGAAGACUGCGGCAUGGUUCUCUCACAACGUGGCAUUGACCAGCGCGCCGAAUGGCGUACAUUCGCAAACGAUGACCAAGGCAACGAUGAUCCUUCUCGUGUCGGUGAUGGUCCCAACCUCCUGCUGAACGGUAGUCAGCUGCAGACCAACAUUGCUUUCGGCGAUGGCUCUCUUAGGAGCAAGGAGCUCCACCGCGCACAAAGCAAAUCCAAUGCCGACAAGGGAAACAAGAACUUGUUGCAAGCCUUCAAGCAGAUCGGUGCAUACUGUGACUCUUAUGACCUACCGAACGUUGUCGCCGACGCAGCUAAGCACAUCUUCAAGGAUGCGGAAGACUCGAAAAAUUUCAAAGGCAAGUCAACCGAAGCCAUUAUAGCAGGAUGCAUCUUCAUCGCUUGUCGACGCAACAAGUUCCCCCGUACCUUCCGCGAAAUCUACGCCAUGACUCAUGUCUCUAAGAAAGAGAUCGGCCGUACUUUCAAAUUGCUCGAGCAAAUGCUGGCAGGUCAAGAAAAGAACAAUGCAGGCAAGGCAAAGGUCAUGGGCAACGGUGUUGUCGGUAUGCAAGAAGGCUACAGAUCAACUGUAUCCACUAACCCCGAAGACGUUUGCGGUCGCUACUGCACUCAGCUCGGCUUGGACUUUAAGACAACCGAAGUCGCAAAGGAUAUUGCAGCCGGCAUGGUCAGAAUUGGAGCUCUUGCAGGUCGCUCGCCCUUGUCUGCAGCAGCCGCUUGUAUCUACAUGGCUAGCUUGCUCCAGAACAACAUCAGAUCUCCCAAGGCCAUCGCCGAGAUCGCAGGAGUUAGUGACAGUACGAUCCGAAACGCUUACAAGGACUUGUACAACGAUAAGGACAUCCUCAUCACGCCCAAAUCGAUCGAAAGAGGCGCCGAUGUGAGCAAACUUGUCAAGCCAACGACCUAG